GCACGGUAUCCGGUGGAGCAGUCCGGGAGGGUGCUGAGCUAGUUGUGUCCGGAACCUCCUGCUGCAGCAGCAGCUUCUACUCCACUGCUGCAAGAUUCAUCUCUUUUGCAAGACAAUGGUCCUCUCCCUGUCUGAUCCACAAAUCAUGGACAACGACACGAACAGGAUGACAGAGAGCGUACUUCACAUCAGCCUAGAUAUGAUCUUCCUGCUAAUAGGAGAGGAUUAUAUAGUGGUGAAGAAGACAUCUGGUGAAUGUGUGAUGCCUAGCAGCCAUCCCCGAGGGUCAGGAUGGGGCAGGACUCGGAGCCACAGCCUGGAACCUGCAUCUCACCAACUGAUGUAUGAGAAAAGCAAUGAGCAAAAGAUUUUAAAACUCUCCAACAAGAUCAUAGAGCUGAUAACCAGAGAGGUUCCGGUAAGGUGUCAGAAUGUGUCUGUUCAUUUCUCCAUGGAGGAGUGGAAGUACAUAGAAGGACACAGGGACAUCCUGAGGGAGAAAUACCAGUCCCUCACAUCACCAGUUUCUGAAUACUCUGAAUACUUAGAGUAUCCUUACAGUCUUCUCCAUAGAAGAGUGAUCCUUUCCCUGACUGACCCACCAUGGAUAAACAAGGAGAUGACUGAGAGGAUAUUAAGCAUCACUUUGAAGAUUAUCUACCUGUUGAGUGGAGAGGAUUACACCAUAGUGAAGAAGACAUCUGGUGAGUACGUAACCCUCAGCAACUAUUCUUGUGUACCAGGAGAAAGGUACAGAGCCCAGAGACCCAUUCUAAGAACUCCAUCUAACGCGCCAACACAUGAGGGGAACAAUGAUGAGAAGGUCCUGGAACUCACCUACAAGAUCAUUGAGCUGCUGACUGGAGAGGUUCCUAUAAGGUUUCAGGAUGUCACUGUCUAUUUUUCCAUGGAGGAGUGGGAGUAUUUAGAAGAACACAAGGAACUGUACAAGGACUUCAUAAUGGAGAACCACCAGACCUUCACAUCACCAGAUGAAGCCAGUAAAGAAAAUCCACCAGAGAGCUGCCCCAGUCCCACUUGUUCCCAGAAUGAGGAAAAUCACAAUGUCCUAGAGGAUCAUCAGUUUGUGUGUUACCAGAAAUUUGUCCUGGUUUUAAAUCAGGGGGAAGACCUCAUUGAUAUUAAAGUUGAAAUUAUAGAAAGCGAAGAAGAGACCUAUGUGAUGUCUGAUCAGCAGUGUGAGGAGGAAAUUGGUACCGAUAGCCCAGCAGAUGUCAACACCAGGAGCUCAACAGGAUUGUUACAAGUUUGCACAGUGGAGGAUAAAAACAUCAGCCCAGGUUCUUUAGAAGAAAACUCUGCUACCGUAAUACCCACAGGACCUCUUUUAACGAAUGCUUCUAAUAAUGUGGAACUGUCAAUGGCCAAAUCGCAUGUCCCUACACAAAGAGCAGGGACGCAGUUUAUAUGUUCUGAAUGUGGAAAAUGUUUUACACGUUCCCAGCUGUUUAAAUAUGAGUCGGCACACACUGGACAAAUACAUUUUUUAUGCGUUAUCUGUGACAAGUCUGUAGCUCAAAAGACUCAUCUUGGAGACCAGGUCAUUCGGACAGUUGGCAAACCAUUUUCUUGUUCAACAUGUGGAAAGUGUUUUGCACUCAAGGCCAUUCUUUUUAGACAUCAGAAAAUUCACUCUUCGGAAAGACCGCUUACAUGUGAAGAAUGUGGCAAAUCCUUUCCUUAUAAAUCCAGUCUUCUCGAACAUCAGAGAUUUCACACUGGUCAGAAGCCAUAUUCCUGUGCAGAGUGUGGGAAGUCAUUUACUAGAAAGCGUGUUCUUGUUGAACAUCAGCUAAUUCACACAGGGGAGAAGCCUUUUCCAUGUCUGGAGUGUGGGAAAUUCUAUGCCCGUAAAAGUCAGCUUGAGAUACAUCAGAGAAGCCACACAGGGGAGAGGCCAUUUACAUGUCAGGAAUGCGGGAAAUGUUUUACUCAGAGGUCACAUCUUGUAAAACAUCAGAGAAUUCAUAAAGGGGAGAAACCGUUUUUAUGUCUGGAAUGUGGGAAAUGGUUUACUAAAAAAUCUAACCUUGUGGAACAUCAGAAAAUUCACACAGGGCAGAAUUUGUUUUCAUGUCCAGAUUGCGGUAAAUGUUUUACUAGGAAAUCCGUCCUUUCCGAUCAUCAGAGAAUUCAUUCAGGCGAGAAGCCGUUUACUUGUCUAGAUUGUGGAAAGCGCUUUAACCAGAAAUCUGCUCUCGUUAGACAUCAGAAAGUUCACACAAAGGAGAAGUCGUAUUCAUGUUUAGAGUGUGGGCAAUGCUUUACCUGUAAAGUCCAGCUUAAAAUACAUCACCGCAUGCACACAGGAGAGAAGGUCUUUUCAUGUUUGGAAUGUGAGAGAUGUUUUAUCAAUCAGUCAGAUCUUGCCAGACAUGAGAGAACUCACACGGGAGAGAAGAUGCCGUCAUAUCCAGAACAUGUCAAACAAGAAGAUGAUUUUGAUGUGGAUGAAAGCAGCAACAAAGAGGAGACACCAUCAUCAUGUUAAGAAUGUCGGAUUGAAAAUCAAAGAAUUCACACUACAGGGGAUAUAUUCCCAUGUUCAGUCUUACAUGUAAAACUUAUCUCGUGAUGUACCUGAGAACUCACACAGGAGAGAUAUCAUUUACAUGUCUGCUAUGUAUGAAAUAUCUUAACCCUUCUCCACACUGAUCAGCCUAAGCAGAGUUUGGUCAAGCAGCAAAGGACAGUAUUGUUCUGGAGAACUCCAGCUUGGGCUGUGGGGCUUUAAGGGUUCCUUUCAGGCUCAAAGUGAGCUUGAGCCACAAUCGGGAUCUUGUUUUAAAGCCAAGAAUCUUAAAUGUGCAGCCAAGAACGUGGCUCUAGUUGCACUCUAGUCUGAGAUAGAACAGGUUGAAGUGAGAGUUGCAUAUACUGUUCUUCCACCUUUCACUACAGGCUGUGUGGAGCUGGGAGUUGGAGGAAGACAAGCAGGUGGCAUGGAGGGCAAGAAGGAGGCUCACAGACCUUCCUCCUGGCCCUGUAUGUGUUGUUAUUAUUAAAGCGCCAUUCAUUCCAUGGCGCUGUACAUAUGAAAAAUAGGUGUACAUACAUAAUACAAAACAAUUGCAAUACACAUGAACAAGACGAGUUACAAACUGGUACAGAAGGAGAGAGGACCCUACCUGCAAGGCAUUACAAUCUACAAGGAAUGGGUGAAGGAUACAGUAGGUGAGGGACACCCUUCAUGUUAUAUUAUCAACCAUAGGGCAUAGUUACGCUCUAAGGGUCCAUUCACACAUCCGUUGAAUGGGUCCAGAUCCUUUCCACAAUUAUGCGGAAGGGGUGCGGACCCAUUCAUUUUCAAUGGGGCUGGAAAAGGUGCGGACAGC